CCCACAAGUUCGCCUCAAGUGAAGACUUCUCUUCCCGACAGCCGUGGUGCCAAACGACAUGUAUAUCAAAAUGGAUGUUUGAUCAAUGUGCUUAAAAGGGAACAACUUCUUUCCACUCAAUUCGUCUACGUGGAAUUUGGUGCCGGACGUGGAGGUCUGUCACAUUGGUUGAAUUUAUGCUUGGCAUCUGAACAACAUGAGAAUCAGGAUGCGCUGGAGAACGAGGUGGCCUGGAUAACGAAGCCGGUCGACACGGUGUUUGUCCUCAUCGAGUUGAAAAGCACACGCUAUAAGUAUGAUAUCAGACAUCGGGAAGCCGGAAAUUUCAUUCGCUUACACAUGGAUAUUGCACAGCUGAACCUCGGCAAGUGCUUUUGA